GACGUUAGCUUUUUCCCAUUAACUCUCUCUUUCUCUCUCUCUCUCUCUCUCCCCUAUUUUUCUCUUGAUAAAACCAAACUCCACUGCUAAUCCCACACACCAACUUCUCUCCUUCUGCAACCUGUAGACAGAGAAAGAAAAAUGGCAUCUUCAAAGCUAUACUUUUGCUUUACCAUUUUCCUUUCUCUUUCUCUUUCCUUUCCUUUCACUCUCUCUCGCAACUUACCAGAAACCGCCGCCACCACAACUCUCGAUGUCUCCUCUUCUCUUCAACAGGCUCUCUCCAUCCUCUCCUUCGACUCCAAGACCGCAAACCCAUUUAACCAACUGGGACAACAAACCAGUCCUUCAUUUUCCAAUUCCUCACUCUCUUUCUCGCUUACCCUUCACUCUCGUGAAACUAUUUACAAAACCCGACACAAAGACUACAAAAGUUUAGUCCUUUCACGACUCCAGCGUGACUCAUCCCGAGUCAAAGCUAUUACCACCCAAGUUGAACUGGCAGUUAAUGGCAUUUCCAAAAAUGAUCUCAAGCCUUUAGUGACUGAGAUCCAGCCGGAGGAUUUUUCCACUCCGGUUACUUCAGGUACUAGUCAAGGCAGCGGCGAGUAUUUCUCUCGGGUCGGAGUCGGUAACCCGGAAAAGUCAUUCUAUAUGGUUUUGGAUACCGGAAGUGACAUCACCUGGCUCCAAUGCGAGCCUUGCUCCGAUUGUUACCAACAAGCGGAUCCUAUCUUUACUCCAUCGGCAUCGUCUAGCUAUCGCCCGCUUUCCUGUGCCUCUCAACAGUGUAACUCUCUUCAAAUGUCUAGUUGCCGGAGCGGUCAAUGUCUUUACCAAGUCAAUUACGGCGACGGAUCGUUCACUUUUGGCGACUUUGUUACUGAAACGGUGUCGUUUGGAAGCUCAGGGGUUGUAAAUAAUAUUGCUUUAGGUUGCGGUCAUGAUAAUGAAGGACUGUUCGUCGGCUCUGCUGGAUUGCUUGGGCUCGGUGGUGGUCCACUCUCAUUAGUAUCUCAACUCAAAGCGUCGUCCUUUUCUUACUGUUUAGUGAAUCGCGACUCAUCCGGAUCUUCAACGCUAGAUUUCAACUCGGGAUCGGUCGGUGACUCAGUUAUAGCUCCGUUGAUGAAAAGUAGAAAAAUCGAUACGUUUUACUACGUUGGACUCACCGGAAUUAGCAUCGGUGGUCAUAUGCUGUCAAUUCCAGAGUCAAUUUUCCAGCUAGACGAGUCCGGUAACGGCGGGGUCAUUGUCGAUUGUGGAACUGCCAUAACUCGGUUACAGAGCCAGGCAUACAGCUCGUUAAGAGACGCGUUCGUGAGCAUGACUCAGCACUUGAAAUCAACAAGCGGUGUAGCCUUAUUCGACACGUGUUAUGAUCUAUCCGGCCAAAAUAGCGUUAAGGUCCCAACGGUGUCGUUCCACUUCUCGCAAGGACAAUCAUGGAAUUUGCCAGCGAUGAAUUACCUGAUUCCGGUGGACUCGGACGGCACUUAUUGCUUUGCGUUUGCUCCAACGACGUCGUCGCUGUCAAUAAUAGGGAACGUACAACAGCAGGGCACACGUGUCAGCUUUGACCUGGCUAAUAAUCGCGUUGGGUUUUCGACCGAUAAAUGUUAAGUACGCAGUAGAUAGAUUGGCCAUUCCUGUCUUUUUCUCUCUCGUGUUUUUUUUUUUUUUUUUUUUUGGAUUGGGAUGACCUUUUUAUUCCUGGUUAAAAAGGUAAAUUGCCAUUAGUUACUAUCAUAUUGAAUUAGGAAAAGGAAAGGAGUGCGAGUGCAAUGGAUGGGUGGACGCAAGUAGGGCCCAUCUAAAUAAAUUCCAAAUAGAGGAGACUGGUGGAGAGUGUAGGUUGGUGGGGUCAUUAAUUAACCAUAAUUGUAAUGUUAUCUGUUGCUAUUUAUAAUUUAUAAGUUCAGUGGCAUGUGUAGUAAA